CAGCAAGUGGGGGCCACCAACCUGCUUCUGCUGCAUCAACCUCCCAGCAGAGGACAAGCGCGAGUGCCUCUGCAGAAGCAGGCAACACACAGCCCGCACGAAUCACAUCGUCCCAGCAGAGAACGACGACUGCAAGUGGGCCGGGGCAUCGCGAGGUGGAGACGAGCUCGAGGCUACAUGAUCAUGCUGCCCCUCAAGAUGAAGCCAAGAAGCUGAUCACGAAUGGCUUGGGUCUGCUGCUGUUCCUGAUUCGCGAAGCGGCUCCUUACUUUGAGCUGGAAGUGGAUGUGGACGAAGAUAUGGACGAGCAUGCUUCUUGGAUGGAACAACUGGAAGGCCGAGACACGGGGAGCAUCGGGGGAAAGAAUGCAAAGACCAGAGAAGAAGUACUUGCGAGUGCUCAGGACGCGGAGUUCGAGGGAAGGAAUGAUGUGGAGCUAGACGCACAAGCAACUUCAUCUGCAGCGAAAUUUGUUGAUUUAAACCUGCCAAGCCCAUUGAUCGUGCGGGCACCGCCAACACCGCCGCCACUCGUGGAAACGGAGGAUAAUAUGGAACACAAAGGAGCCGACGCUGAUCCAUCGAGUUCGAGGGGCGCCGCAAACGAACGGGAAGGACAUAAAGCUGCACAGGAGCCCGACAGGAAGCACGCGGCCGAGGGAAAAUCCCCGACAAACAGAAAGAAGUUGCGGAGAAAGGCAGUGGACCUGUUUUGUCCUUCGCUUGUUUCGCAGUUUCACUCUGCAGAACGAUUCCAGGAGUACCUGUCACGGGGGACGAGAAGUCAACAGGUGACAACUCUGGGCGGCCAGGAUCAGGAACAUAAAGUAGAUCCUACCUCCUCAGGAGGCCUGCAGGUGGUCUCGGCUGCAGCUGGAGCUCCAGGCGGUGAGAUGAGCAGUAGCCGAACUACAACUUACGCCGAUGUGGUGCGCCGAUUGAACGAUCCCCUUUCGGCCUCGCAGGAGGAGCAGACGCAACCUUUGCUAGCGAUGAACAUGGGACGAGUGACUGAUCCAGCAUCUAUGUGGGGCGAAAAUUUCAGCAACAAUGAUGCAGCUUACGAGGGAAGUGACUACAUUCCUCCCCAGGACAGCGCAGCUACAUCGACCCUUCAGCACGACGAAGAUAAUCCGACGAAUUCGUACGGCAAGCGCCAGGCGGGCCUCAGUAGGGUGCACAGCACUACAGCUAGUCGAGGAACCAACGUGGUACUGCACACGGAUCAUGAUCGUCAUCAUCUGUCCCCUGAGGUUUCCGUUCCGGAGAGGUACGCUUACCUUUUGAAGAGUGAUCGGUUACAGGAGAUCCAAGAGAUGUUUUCGUCCUGUUUUCGGAACUACCAUGCACUGUCCGCGAAAAAACACCUGUUCGAGAUUCUCUGCGAGUCGGGCUUGAUAGCGCUGUGCAACCAGAAUGGGCUGGUCACCAUGCACGCCGAGAAGCCCCCCGUCGAGCAACAGGCCGCCUUUGGGGGGAGUGGCAAAGGCGGUCCGGGAAAUAAUAGCGCAAGCGUCCUCGGGCUCGGCGCCGGUCCCGGGAAAGGCGGGAAAUACCUAGGAAUUGCCGCCAACUCUUCCACCUCAGGCGGUGGAAUGAUGAGUGCAACAGGCGAACAAAGUGGAAUUGCUUCGGCAACGUCUGCAACUACUUCAAAGGGCGGUGGAGCUGCGGCGGAGGGCAAGGGGCAGCAAGGCUCCCUUGGCUACAAGGGCGGAGUCGGCGGGAACGUUUACAAUGCGUCGAACAUCGGCAGUUCCUACGCUGCGUGGCCGCCCUCAACGGCAGGAGAGAAUUCUCAGGGUGGGACGUCUAGUGCGACGGCUAGAGCUUCAAAUACCACUCCAGAUGCCUCCACCGCAGCUGCCAGUGCGACCACGACAACGCUCGCUGUGUACAACAAUCCCUCGAUGCUGGCGCAGCACGCUGGCGCAAACAGCAUGAUCGUGCAGCGAAGCGCAACAAGGAGUGAUGACGUAAGCGACAUGGCCUUUUACGGCGCGAGUGCAGCAAGCACGCGAUAUCAACCCAGUGGCAGCGCCGGUGCGUCAUUUAUUUGGCAACCACCAGCAGGCGCAGCUGCCGCGGCUGGUGGUCCGUGGCAGCCGCAGCUACAACAACAGAUGAAUCUAGGCGUUACGGCAGAUCUGUCGCAGACGAGCGCCGCCGGAGGCAGAGUCAUGGGUCCAUCAGCAGCUAGCGGGGGCGGAAAGGGGGUCAAUUUUCCGCAACAGGCCACGUGGAACACCGCAUCGUCCGUAACGGCUGCACCGGUCGCAGCAGCUGCC